AUGAAGCUCACUUUCAAGGACCUCAAGCAGCAGAAGUUCACCAUCGACGCCGAACCGAGCGAGACCAUCGGUCAGGUGAAGGAGAAGAUCAGUGCAGAGAAGGGCUGGGAGACGUCGACGCAGAAGCUCAUCUACUCGGGCAAGAUCUUGCAGGAUGACAACACCAUCGAGUCCUACAAGAUUGAGGAGAAGGGCUUCAUUGUGUGCAUGACAUCCAAGCCGAAAGCAGCACCAUCCAAAGCAUCAGAGCCCUCGACCCCAGCCAAGACUGCUGGCACUCCCGCGCCUCCAGCUGCCCCAGCACAGUCCGCACCUUCGACGACCUCGCAACCGCCGGCUACUCCAUCUCCUGCUCCUGCUUCCACUGCUGCGACGACCGAAGGCAGCUCGUUCAACGACCCCUCUGCUCUCGCUAUGGGCGAGCAGCGCGCCGCUGCAAUCUCUGGCAUGGAGGCCAUGGGAUUCCCCCGCGACCAGAUCGACCGUGCGAUGCGCGCCGCUUUCUUCAACCCAGACCGUGCGGUAGAGUACCUUCUCAACGGCAUUCCAGCCAACGCGCAGCAAGAGGAGCGUCCAGCGGCGGCAACACCCCAGACAGGCGCAGGUCAAGGCGAAGGUCAGCAGGCGGCAGCUCCAGCCGCACCUACGACAGGAGGCAAUGCUCCGGCCGGUGAUGAGCCAGUGAAUCUCUUCGAGCAGGCAGCUGCACAAGCAGGCGGUGCUCGUGGAGGCGCUGGUGCUGGUGGAGGCGAGGGCGCUGGCCAAGGAGCCGCUAACCUCGAGUUCCUUCGCAACAACCCACAGUUCCAACAACUUCGCCAGGUCGUUCAGCAACAGCCGGCGAUGCUCGAGCCUAUUCUGCAACAGGUCGCCGCUGGUAACCCACAGCUCGCUGCCAUCAUCCAGCAAAACCCAGACCAGUUCAUGCAGCUGCUCAUGGAGGACGGCGACGAUGACGCCCCGCUCCCGCCUGGUGCGCAGCAAAUAUCGGUCACUGAGGAGGAGCGGGAGGCAAUUGAGCGCCUCUGCCGUCUCGGGUUCGAGCGAGACAUGGUGAUCCAGGCCUACUUCGCGUGCGACAAGAACGAAGAGCUAGCCGCCAACUUCCUCUUCGACCAGCCCGAUGAGCCUGACGAGCCAAACGCUUAA